AUGGCUGCCGGUCCUACAUCAACCACUGCUCCAACAACCGUUCCUCUUCAACCACCACCGCCAAUGCUCGUCUCUGAUUCGUUCGCCAAAGACGCUAUUCUCGCUUGGUUUCACGGCGAGUUUGCUGCUGCCAACGCGAUUAUCGAUGCUCUCUGUUCUCAUCUUUCUCACCUUUCCUCUGGCGCUGAAUACAGCUCCGUUUUCGCCGCUAUUCACCGUCGGAGACUCCAUUGGAUCCAAAUCCUUCAGAUGCAGAAGUAUCACUCCAUUGCUGAUGUCGCUCUUCAGCUAAAAAUAGUCGAGGAGAAGAAAAAUACCGUUGAGGAAGUGGUUAUUGAAAACGACGUCGUGGCGGAGGAGGAGGAACGGAAAACGGAGGACAAAGUGAUCGACGGUGGUAAUGAGCAUGAAGAGUAUGAUUCUCCUGAGAGUGAGAUUACUGAUUCAGGAUCUCUAGAAAAUCAAACUAGUUCGAUGAAUAGUGAUAUAUGUUCCAAUCAUGAAGAGUGUGAAGGACGCCCUUCACAAUUUAAGUUGACAAAAGGUUUCUCAGCAAAGGAGUCGGUGAAGGGGCAUAUGGUGAAUGUUGUGAAAGGGUUGAAGUUAUAUGAAGACAUUUUCACUGAUUCAGAAUUGUGCAAGCUGUCGGAUUUUGUGGAUGAGAUCCAUACUGCUGGUCAGAAUGGAGAAUUGUCUGGUGAAACUUUUAUACUAUUCAACAAACAGAUAAAGGGUAACAAGAGAGAGCUGAUUCAGCUAGGUGUUCCAAUAUUUGGACAGAUAAAAGAAGACACAAAAAGUAAUAUAGAGCCAAUUCCAGCACUUCUGCAACAUGUCAUCGAUCACUUUAUUCAAUGGCACUUACUUCCAGAGUACAAAAGACCAAAUGGUUGUAUCAUCAACUUUUUUGAAGAGGGGGAGUAUUCUCAGCCAUUCCUGAAACCACCACAUCUGGAUCAACCUGUGACCACUCUUCUUCUCUCUGAAUCAACCAUGGCUUUUGGGCGUAUCCUUAUGAGUGAAAAUGACGGGAACUACAAGGGACCACUCAUGCUCUCAUUGAAGAAGGGGUCGCUUGUAGUGAUGAGAGGAAACAGUGCUGACAUGGCCAGGCAUGUAAUGUGUCCAUCUCCUAACAGAAGGGUGAGCAUCACCUUCUUUAGAGUGAGGCCAGACUCAAAUCAAUGCCAAUCACCAACUCCUGCCAUGACAAACUCAAUGACUCUGUGGCAACCUGCCAUUGCUAACCCAUAUGCUUUGCCAAAUGGAGCUCUAAGUUGCGCCUAUGAGGGUAUGGACAUGAUGAUGCCCAAAUGGGGAAUGCUUCCCGGCCCAGUGAUGAUGCUGACCCCUAUGCGUCCUAUGGCAUUGAAUCCCCGCAAACUUGCUGGUGGUGGUACUGGAGUCUUCUUGCCCUGGAACGUCCCGUCCAGAAAACCUGCAAAGCAUCUUCCACCACGUGCACAAAAGGGAAGGCUUCUAGCAUUGCCUUCUCCCGUUGAACCACACAUUGGAGAGUCCACUUCUGAACCUAGCAUUUGUGUUGAAGGAUGA